AUGUUCUCUGGUGCUAUGGUAGAUGCUCUAGUUGAGUAUGGACAUGAAGCUGACUUGUUAUUGUCGGUUUGGAACCCAAUAUCAGCCAUAAAUGGCACUAAAAAGGCAACUAAAGUUUGGCGGGUUGAAAUUGAAAAUGCUCCGCUUGGAGGGGUAGGUGGAUAAAAGGAUUUGUUUUUGGAGUGGAGUGGGGAAAAUUGAUUUGCUUUAGGGGUGGAUGAUGGAAAAUGAAUUGUUUUUAGGGGUAGACAAUGAAAAAGGCCUAAAACUUGAAGUCCAGCCCACAAAAAUUAUAGUAAACCACCUUUUACAAUCCUAAAAAACCAAUUUUUCCAGGCCGCUUACCUUCGCCCAUUCGACACAAAUCAAAAAGCUGAUAUGCAUUCAUUGUUCGAUACCUCAAGAUUAAUAUUUUGUGAAAAAAUCCUCAAAGAUAACAAGUUGCUAGCCGAAUUGAAAGCCCAAAAAUACGACAUUGGUCUAGCACCACCAUACGAUUCUUGUGGACUGACAUUGUUUCAUAGAUUAGGCAUCAAAUCGACCGCUUUAUUCUCGGCCACACCACCAACAUUCUUUGUCAUGGAAACCUUGGGCAUUCCAGCACCACCAAGCUUUGUUACUGGUGGGUUUUUGAAGUUGUUUUUUGAUUUUAGGUAAUAAAAUGGAAAGACGAUUGAUUUGAACACGUUUUAUGUUUAUAAGAUUUGAAAAUCUCUAAGUAUUCAGCUUAUAAAAUGGCGAAUUGGGCAAUUUUAAUUGAUUCGCAGCGUUUUUCCUUCAACAAUUAGGUCUGAUUAUGAAACAAAUGGCUUUAUCUUUUUUAAUUGUUAUGACGUUACAAAAUGAGGUAGAUAUUUGAAAUCAGCAUAAAAUUCUGGUCCAUAAUGAUUUUUUUAAACAUUGCAGUUAAUUUGUUUUAACCGCGUAGCAGCAAGGUUUGUGUUUAGAUAUUGUGCACGGAAGCAUCUUGGUUCGAAUCCCGUCGAGUGCAAGGAGUUUUUCUUGGCUUUAUUCUUCAUAAACCUGUUUUUAAUAGGCUCAAUAGUAUUUUACGUUAAUUUCGUUAUAUUUUUAUACUUUUUACUUUUUUAAAAUGUGUGGUUUAUAUAAAUAUUGCCAAAAAUAACUUAUUUUUUGAAGUUUUUUCUAGAUUUUGGUUAUAGGUUGGCAUUUUUUAUUGUUUUUGAGCUUUCGUAUUGUGUUUAUUGUGUUUGGCAGUAAUUUUUAAGUUUAGAAGAGUGUAUAUUACCUAUUUUAGCAUUAAAAUUUUUCUAAAUUCCAGAUGGAAUCGCCCCAAUCUCCGUCUCCAAGUACUAUACCUUCAAAGAGCGCUUCAUAAACGCCAUCCAAUACUACAAGACCUACUUCACAGCUCAGAAUUUGUUUCAAGAUGAACGUAAGCUGAUCUUGAAGUACUAUCCGGAAGCUCCAACACCGUUACAAUUGUUCAGGAAUGCAUCGUACUUCUUUGUUAACCAUAACGAGCUACUUGAUACUGGACGUCCGAUAUCUGGAAAAGUGAAGUUUAUCGGUGGAAUUCAGCUACAUCAUGAGGAUACGGCUAAGAAGUUGGACUCUGUAAGAUAUUUAUUUUUGGUUGGGGCUUAUAAAUAAAGUUUUGGCUGAUUAUUUGGGGUAUUCGGCUCGGAAAUUAGCGUUUUUGGUCGAAAACAGGGCUGUAAACAAAGUUUUUGCGAUUUUUUCAAAACGUUUUUAGCGUUUAUAAACCUGCAAGAUACAAUGACAGCUUUAGCGACAUAUAAACCACCAUAUCUACCUUAAUAUUACUUAAAAUUCGCUCAUUUUUAGAAAUACGACAAGCUGUUGGCCAGAACCCCAAAAGGAGCUGUCCUAUUCUCGUUCGGUACCACUGCCAGUACUAACGUGGUUCCAAAAGAUGUGAGGAACGUGUUUAUCGAAACCUUUAAACAAUUCCCUGAAUACACUUUCAUAUGGAAGCAUGACAACAAAGAAGACGAUGAAGUAGAACUAAAAGAAGCUGAUAAUGUGUUUGCUGAGGAAUGGCUACCUCAAAAGCAGCUUUUAGGUGGGUUUCGAGUUUGAAAUAUACGCUAAAAUUGUUUUGAAAAGGCCUGUACUUGGUUGCCGAAAAAAGUCUUGUCGUCAAAGUCAAUCUAUUUGCACGGUGAAAAACGACAAGACUUUUUUCCUUUUCUUUUUUAGUAAUUCUUUUGAGUUGGGAUGGGUGAGUUUAAUAUUAGGUUGUUCAAUUAAUUCUGAGCUCUCUAACCUCAAAAAUUUGCUUUGAAAGGGGGCAAAGAAUUAUGUUAACAACUUAAUAUUUAGGUCUGUUUAAGUUUGAUCAGGUUCUAGACUGCCGAUAUUAAAGGGCACAGUUUUUUUUAAUAGCUUAGUAAUAUGAUUUGGAUUGCCAUUGUUUUUAAGUUUUAGGCUAAAAGUGUAGUGAAUCUCAUAUCAUUAUCAUUCCGUUCGAUUUUUAGAUUUUGGUCAUUUUUGGAAGACUGACCGCUUUUUGUCGAUUUUUUGAUUAAAAAAAUUAUUCCGAUAUUUCUCAUAUGAUUUUAUAAGUUUGUCUAAUUAAAACGCCUUAGGUAAAUUGCAAAAAAAUUUUGUUACGCAAUUUUUCUUACGCAAUAUUUUUAAUUUUUAUAAUAUUUGCCCCUGUAAAACGACCCAACAAAUCACUCCGAGUAGGGCAAUUUUACUCUGUCUCAAUUUCUUCAGAUUUAAAAAAAAAUUUGAAAUUGCAGCUGAUCAAAGACUCAAAUUGUUCAUAACCCAUUGUGGUAUGAACUCUUUUUCCGAAUUUACACUUCAUGGUGUGCCCGUACUAACCAUUCCACUAGCCGUAGAUCAACAUGUAAACGCAGCUUCAGUAGUUAGUCUAGGCAUUGGUCUACAACUUCAAAAGAACAACUUAACCAUAGAGAAUCUACAUUACAUUCUCGACCAUUUAUUGUCGAAACCGAGCUACAAAAAGAAUGCUGAAAAGUUGUCAAACGCAGUGAAAUCAUCUCCAAAUAAGCCUAGAAAAACAUUUAUAGAAUCGGUAGAAUUUGCAGCCAAAUUUCCAGAAGUUGCCGAGUAUCUACAGCUACCGUCAGUUCAUCUGAAUCCAUUUGUAGUCCAUUCGUUUGAUGUUUUUGCCAUAGUUUUUGGAACAAUUUUUGUUUUUUUAAUGUUUUUUGUACCUAUAGUGUUUAGAGCGGUAUUGUACAGCUGUAAUAUACCUCCAGAUCAUGCUAAAUAUAAAAGUGAUUAAACUAUAAAAUAAUAUUAUAUUUUAAUUUUUUGAAAUUACCCAAAUUUAUAAAGCGCGCAUUAAAAAUUGGCCAAUCCAAUAAACGUGAUGCAAGCAGGGGAACGCCCUUCCUGAAAAAAAAUUUCGAAAAAAGUUGCACUUGGUCCCCCCUGUGGGUUUUUUUGACCCCCGCCCCUAGACCGAAAGUCCCUGCCCAGCACUGAAUGCAAAAUCUAAAGCUAGUCUAAUAAAGUGCUUUAUAAAUAAAGUUUUAUCAUUUACGUGUUGUUAUCUUUUUGUUUUUUUAAAAGGAUUUUGAUAAAAUAUACAGUAUUUGUUUUACUUUGAGCAUUGACAAGGACUGGUUGGCUAGUAAACAACCAUUUUAAAGGACUACGAAAUGUCCUAGCUAAACGUUGGUAUUCUAUGUCAAAAUUCAGGAAAUUUCAAAAUUAAUUUUUUUGGUUACAAUUUGGGCAGGUUCAUUUCAAAUUGGCAAAUUUAUAAUUUUUCACUUACUUUUUUGAGAAAAAAAAUUUUUUAUUGAAAUUUCUUGUACAGUUAAACCUUUGCAAAGCUUUGUCGCUAUAAAAUUUUUCGUUGUUUACAUUGUUUUACCGGAUUUUUCCGGACGGACCCAACAAAAAGCUCCGGGUCAGUCCAAAAAAAUCGGUCCUAGCACAGGACCAAAAAAGUCGAAGUUUGGACCGAACCCAAAAUUCGCUAAACCGGGCUGGUGAAAAACGCUCUUCACCGGUUUGGACAAAACACUGGUUAUAUAGGAGUUUGUUGUACAGAAGUUCUAUUGUAUUCUUCUAUUCUUAUAUGGAAACUAAUUCUAAAGGUCGUUUCCUAUAUCAUAUUUAGCCGAAGAUACCUGUUUGUAUUCAUCUAAUCGUUUUGAUAGUUGUGUGUUUUUAAAAAACCAAAAAACAGCACGUUGAAAGUUCAUCGGAGCACGAAUAAUAAUUAUUUGCGCUAAAACUGGCACGAGGCCACUUUUUUUGGAAGAAGAAUAACAAAGGUAGAGGUGGAUUUUAAACUGAAAAAAAAGGGGAAAAUUCUUCUUGUUUUGUUUAGUAUGAGGCAAGAACGACGUGUUUUGAGUGGAAGGGGGGGGGGUAAAUGGGGGUGGAUAAACUUUUUUCGAAAAAAUUUCCACAGGCAGGUAGGUGCCUGUAUAAUACGUGGAAAAUUGGGAAAAGUUUUUUUAGGAAGUGGGUGCAAUGGUGGAUAAUGACUACAAUUCUUGUCCAAACAUUACACUGUACUCUCUAUAUAAGCAACCCGAAGGGACUACCAUUUUGUGUUUGCUAUAAGGAGUAUUGCUUAUAAAGAUGGUUCACUAUAUAGGGGGACCACUGUCCACCGAAACUUUUUGACUAAACCAAAAUGAAAUCUGGAUAUUAAUCAUCAUUCUUAUUCAUUAUUCAGAAGUUUUUAGCAGUAGCCUCUUCUUUUGUCAGAAAAGAUCUGUAGUGACGUCUCUGGUAUGAGGUGUUUCCUCUAUUUUUUACUGAAUUUUUUAUUUUUAAAAUCAUUUUUUUUUGUGUUUUUAUCGUGUUAUUUUACCGUGAUAUUUAUUUUUAGACCGGGCUGAGAAACAGUGAUAAUUUUAAUGAGUAUGCAAAUUUAUCGUUCCUUCACUUGACUAAACUCACCAUUCACUCAAUUCGAAGGCACGGACCGGUCAGUCGUUCUAUCGUCUACUCGCCAGUUAUCAUUAGACGUGACUUCAGCUAAAUAUUCAUCUACUUUAGCCAAUUCCCAUCAAGUUCAUGUCCAUCUACUAUGGCCACGUCAACGAAUACUCCAGCUCCAUAUUCAAGUAGUCCUUUGGCAAAGAAUAACCUCAAAGAUCUUAGAAAUUGGAAGCCAAAGACUUUAUCAAAGAUUCAGAAGCUGGAACCAAACUUUUUAGAGAUUCAGGAGGUAAACUCAACUCGAUCGGUUCAGAAGGCUAACCCAACUUUAUCCAUGCUUCAGAAGACAAAACCAACUUUAAACAAACUGGAUUCUUUGUCAGAAGCUAAAAUACGGGUCUAUGCUGAUGGAGUCUUCGACUUGUUUCACAUUGGUCAUGUACAACAAUUUGCUCAAAUCAAACAGAUGCUUCCUGGAUGCUAUUUGAUCGUUGGAGGUGAGUUUUUAGGCUUUUUAUUUUAAUAUUUUCAUAGAGAAACUAACUGUUUUAAUUUUUUUUAAUAUGGUUUUGAAAAAAGCAUAUUUUUCUAUAUUAUAGUAGGUAUUUUAGCCAAAAAUAAGGUGUUUUCAAUGAUUUUAGGUCAAAAUUUGUAAUUUAAAGUCCAUAAUUUUAAAGGCCAAUACCAAAAAGAUAUAAAAAUGAUAUUUUUUUCAAUUUUGACGUCAUGUUUUACUGUGUAAACUUCGAAUAUUACAGUAGUAUCAGACAGUGACACUCUAAAAUACAAGGGAGGAAAAACAGUGAUUUCGGAGGAAAAUCGCGCUGCCAUGGUUAGUCAAUGUCGAUAUGUGGACGAGGUUUACCUGAAUCCACCGUUUUACCCCACUUUGGAGUUUGUUAACAACAUCAAGGUGAGGUUUUGAGUAACUUGAAGGAGGUCGUAUUUUAGGAUUUUUUGUUGAAGUUUUGGUUUGUAGGUUAAAGUUUGAAGUCGACAACUUUUUAAUUAAAUUUUUUAAUAAUUUUAAUUUUUUCACUAUUUUACCAGUCCAUGCAGUGUUUUGCCGGUCCGAUCCGGACCGGACGGACCGAAACAGAAAUUUUUGCGGACCGGACCGGACCCAAAAACCUGCGGACCCGCACCGAAGAAAAAGCUCUGGACCGGUCCGGAAGAAAAUUUUUUUUUUUAUUUUAAGAAAACUGUUUUAAAAAUUGCAAAUAAAACAUAUUUUUAGGAGUUUCUAAGCAAAAAGAAAGCAGUUUUAGCGAUCCUUGCGUUUUUUAAAAAUUAAAAAAAAUGUUUUUGCGGACCGGACCGGACCCAAAAAUUUGAAGUUUGGACCGGACCGGACCCAAAAAAUCGCCGGACCGGACCGGUGAAAAACGCUCCGGACCGGUCCGGGCAAAACACUGAGUCCAUGUAAUCGCUUUUACCUUUUGGGUCGUUUUAAAAGAGGUUUGCAAAAUGUGCGACGUGGCCGAGUGGGUUGAGCGAAAGUUGUUCGUUUUUAAAAGGUUCGAACCCGGCCGGCUAUUUUGGCUUCUUUUAAGGUUUUUUGACAGUUUAAAAGGUUUAGAACUACUUUUACAUUAAUUAUGACAUAUUUUUUGAUUUACAUAUGCUAAAAGGUUUUAUUUUCACCAAGUAUACUUGAGGAAAAUAGCAAAAGUUCCGGAAAAAUUGAUGGUUUUUAGAUGAAUUCAUUGUUUUUUAAAUUUAAAUUCUUUAAAAGUGCACUUAAACAAAACAAAUAUUUUUUAAAAAAUUUUUAUAUUAUUCUUGUGUAAAAUACGAGCUUCUUUUUGGUCGGCUUUAAGCUUAAAAUUUAAUGCAACUUCUCAUUUCAGUGCGACCUAGUAGCUCACGAUGCAAUUCCAUACGAAAUCGGGGAAGAAAUUGACGAUUGUUACCUGCCCUUCAAACAAGCUGAUCGAUUCUUGGCAACAGAACGAACGCCAGGAGUGUCGACAACUGAUAUCCUGGAAAAUAUACUAAAGUCAAUGGAUUUGUACAAGAAACGACAGAAAAUUCGGCUGAAGGCGAGCGAAAAUUGA